UUGUUUCAAAAGGUACGCUGUGUGUGUUUUGACAGUUUACCGUUUAAAAGAACCCUACCUAAUUUGUGCAAGGGUUCAUUGUAAAGGCGGUUUGGGCCGUCGUCUCUCCAUCCAUUCACUACACACCAUCUCCUGCUCGAUCACAAAGAUAGUGCGACAUCUUCUGUUAUUAUGUUCAUUUCUAAAUUAUCAAGACUUGGAGCUCAGGCGUUCAAGGGCUUAUCAAAAGCUCCACUAACAAUUAGACCAAAACGGUCAUUUUUCCCUAUAGUUCAGAAAGACUAUUUGGAGCCCGCGAGCUGUAAAUUAUUCUCUACUACAGCCAUCGGAAAUUCACAAGAAAAAGAAGAAAGCCAAAAGAUCUCUGUGACCUUCUUUGACAAAGAUGGAGAGCAGGAAAUUAAGGUUCCUGUUGGAAUGUCAAUGCUAGAAGCUGCCCAUGAGAAUGACAUAGAGCUUGAAGGAGCUUGUGAAGGUUCACUUGCUUGUUCCACGUGUCAUGUGAUUGUCAUGGAUGUGGAACAGUAUAAUAAGCUGGAAGACCCUACAGACGAAGAGAAUGAUAUGCUAGAUCUUGCUUUUGGACUGACUGAAACGUCUCGGCUUGGUUGUCAAGUAAUUGCAAAACCUGAACUUGAUGGCCUUCGUCUAGCACUUCCUGCUGCUACUAGAAAUUUUGCUGUUGAUGGAUACAAACCAAAACCACACUAACCCUAUUUAUUUUUGGAUCAAAACUAGAGAACCAAUUUUUGUAGCAUGUAUUUGCAUUUGAGUGGAUGCUUCAAGGCUUGAUAUCAUAUUUGUCCAUUUAUCUAAUCCUUGGUUUUACAGAGCGCGAGGAGGCGAUAGGGUCCUUGAGGGAGCACGCUUAUUAAAACCAAGAUCUAAUCUUGCAAAUAAUUAAUGGCUUGGGGUUUAGAAUUUAUGAUUGUUGUAGCUUGUGGAAUUAAGAUUGCAGCCAUUACUUUGUUACAAGGUGGUUAUUGCUAUUAAAAAUAAUGUGGCUUGGUAUGGUCAUAUAUAUAGAAUUAAA